UAUUGAUUAGAUCGGUGCAAAUGUAUCAAACUUCUCUUCUGAAACACACAUUUUCGUCUAUUGACAUGUUUAUCUGUUGCGACGCUGAAAUAUGACGUAGCACCACCGGAAGCUACUCAGAGCGCACGCGUCUUGUCCGCAGAGCGUCUGUGCACGAUGGAUCUUCAGUCUGCCAGAAAUGAAACCGUGAAGGAGGACGAAGGAGGGAACAGGGGAGGAGGCAAAGCAGCGGUGAAGAGGAGACAUGAGGAAGAGGAGGAGCAGACCUCUUCCACCAAGGUGCUUGAUCACAGUGUGAAGGUGGCGAGUCACUACAACAGCCUGCAGGAAGUCGGUCUGGCUGCGCGAAGUCGAAGCAGAAUCUUCUUCAUGAGAAAUUUCAACAACUGGCUGAAGAGCAUACUGAUCGGCGAGGUCCUGGAGCAGGUGCGAGGGGCGGGACCUCAGCAGGUGUCUGUGCUGGACCUCGGUUGUGGGAAAGGUGGAGACCUGCUGAAGUGGAGGAGAGGAGGAAUCCAUCACCUGGUCUGUGCAGAUAUAGCAGCAGUGUCUGUGGAUCAGUGCCAGAGUCGCUACGAAGACAUGAAGAAGAAAAGUCACGUUAACGAGAAAAUCUUCAGUGCUCAAUUUAUCAACGCAGACUGCACCAAGGUAUAACCGCAACACCUAGA